ACCAUCACGGUUGGCAUGGGAUAUCUCACUUUUCGAUCCAACUGAGAUUCCCAGCCUGCUACUUUUCUUUAUUUUCUCUGCGACAUUUAGAACGGCGAUUAAGCUCGUGCUUACUGCUCUUGUAGCAGCCCCCGGAAGACCCUGACGUGGGAGCUUUUUCUCUGAGCGCGUCGCGCCCUCCUGCGCUCAACUGAUUUCUUGCCCAUAUUCGACUUUUUACGACUUAAUUUGCCAAAAUGGCCGACUACGAUGACGCCUACGAGGAGGAAUUCUAUGAUGACAUGGAGGAUGGGAUUACCUCGGAGGAUUGCUGGACCGUCAUCUCAUCCUUUUUCGACACCAAGGGUCUAGUGUCCCAGCAGCUGGAUUCAUUCGAUGAAUUCAUCUCAUCGACGAUGCAGGAGCUGGUGGAGGAACAAGGACAAGUUACACUCGAUCAAACACUCCCUCCCGCCGAAGAUGAAGUCGAUCCCGUUGUCCUCCGUCGUUACGAGCUCAAAUUCGGAACUGUUAUGCUGUCCAGACCUUCGGUGACUGAGGGUGAUGGUGCAACUACUAUCAUGUUGCCCCAGGAAGCUCGUCUGCGGAACCUUACAUACGCAAGUCCGCUUUACCUUGGAAUCACGAAGAAAAUCAUGGAGGGCCGAGAGCGGCUGGUCGCCGACCGGGAUGACGAUGAGGUUGUGGAUAAUGAUGAAGACCGGAAAAGCCGUGGCACUUAUCUUCACUGGGAACAAAAGGAACUCCCAGCUGAUCAGGCCAAGGAAGAGACUGUUUUCAUCGGAAAAGUUCCUAUCAUGCUCAAGUCCAAAUAUUGUAUUUUGAAGGAUUUGAGCGAACAGGCUCUCUACAACUGGAACGAAUGUCCCUACGAUUCCGGUGGUUACUUCAUUAUCAAUGGUAGUGAAAAGGUUCUGAUCGCACAGGAGCGGAGUGCCGGAAACACUGUCCAGGUCUUCCAAAAGGCACCGCCCAGCCCGACCCCUUAUGUUGCUGAAAUCCGCAGUGCUGUCGAGAAAGGUUCAAGACUUCUCUCCCAACUGGCUCUUAAGCUCUUCGCCAAGGGUGACAGUGCCAAGGGUGGAUUCGGCCCUACCAUUAGGUCUACUUUGCCUUAUGUCAAGACUGACAUUCCAAUUGUUGUUGUCUUCAGAGCUCUGGGCGUGGUUUCUGACGAAGAUAUCCUGAACCACAUUUGCUAUGACCGAAAUGAUACCCCCAUGUUGGAGAUGUUGAAACCUUGUAUUGAAGAAGGUUUCGUUAUCCAAGAUCGUGAAGUUGCCCUGGAUUUCAUCGCCAAGCGUGGCUCUUCCCAGUCUAGCAUGAACCAUGAGCGACGUGUUAGAUACGCACGAGACAUCAUGCAGAAGGAGCUGCUUCCUCACAUUUCCCAGAGCGAGGGUAGUGAAACUAGAAAGGCAUUUUUCUUGGGUUACAUGGUGCACAGGCUCUUGCAGUGUGCCUUGGGUCGUCGCGAUGUUGAUGAUCGUGAUCACUUUGGAAAGAAGCGUCUCGACCUUGCUGGUCCUCUUCUUGCGAACCUUUUCCGGGUUCUCUUUACCAGAGUUACCCGUGACCUUCAAAGAUAUGUGCAGAGAUGUGUUGAAACCAACAGAGAAAUCUACUUGAACAUUGGUAUCAAGGCAAGCACAUUGACCGGAGGUUUGAAAUAUGCUCUUGCUACCGGUAACUGGGGAGAACAGAAGAAGGCAGCUAGUGCCAAGGCUGGUGUGUCCCAAGUGCUCAGUCGUUACACCUACGCUUCUACAUUAUCACAUCUUCGGCGAACCAACACGCCCAUUGGACGUGACGGUAAAAUCGCGAAGCCUCGUCAACUUCACAACACCCACUGGGGAUUGGUUUGCCCAGCCGAAACUCCAGAAGGUCAAGCUUGUGGUCUCGUCAAGAAUUUGGCGCUCAUGUGUUACAUCACCGUUGGUACACCUAGCGAGCCUAUUAUCGACUUCAUGAUCCAGCGUAACAUGGAAGUCCUUGAGGAAUUCGAGCCUCAAGUCACGCCAAAUGCCACCAAGGUUUUCGUGAACGGUGUCUGGGUUGGAAUCCACAGAGACCCUGCUCAUCUUGUCAACACAAUGUCCUCUCUGCGCCGCCGGAACAUGAUCUCACACGAAGUCAGUUUGAUUCGGGAUAUCCGUGAGCGUGAGUUCAAGAUCUUCACCGACGCUGGUCGUGUCUGUCGACCACUAUAUGUUGUCGACAAUGACCCGAAGAGCGAAAAUUGCGGAUCGCUGGUGCUCAACAAGGAGCACAUCCGCAAGCUAGAACAAGACAAGGAUCUGCCCGCGGACAUGGAUCCGGAAGAUCGCAGAGAGCAAUACUUCGGAUGGGACGGUCUCGUGAAGUCUGGAGUUGUGGAGUAUGUCGACGCGGAGGAAGAAGAAACAAUUAUGAUUGUGAUGACACCGGAAGAUCUCGAAAUCUCCAAACAGCUUCAGGCCGGCUAUGCACUGCCGGAGGAAGAGAUGAACGACCCCAACAAGCGUGUCCGGUCAAUCCUUACCCAGAAGGCACACACCUGGACGCACUGCGAGAUUCACCCCAGUAUGAUUCUUGGUGUUUGCGCCAGUAUCAUUCCAUUCCCCGAUCACAACCAGUCGCCUCGUAACACUUACCAAUCCGCUAUGGGUAAACAAGCUAUGGGUGUUUUCCUGACCAACUUUGACCAACGGAUGGAAACGAUGGCAAAUAUUCUGUACUACCCGCAGAAGCCUUUGGCCACUACACGAUCAAUGGAGUUCCUGCGCUUCCGUGAACUGCCUGCUGGACAGAACGCUAUUGUCGCCAUUGCUUGUUACUCUGGAUACAACCAGGAAGAUUCCGUCGUUAUGAACCAGAGCAGUAUCGACCGUGGUCUUUUCCGCAGUUUGUUCUACCGUACCUACACCGAUACUGAGAAGAUGGUCGGUUUGACGGUCGUUGAGCGCUUUGAGAAGCCUAUGCGGGCGGAUACGCUUGGUAUGAGAAAGGGAACAUAUGACAAGCUUGACGAGGACGGUAUCAUUGCCCCUGGUGUGCGUGUCUCGGGUGAGGAUAUCAUCAUUGGUAAGACGGCUCCUCUGGCUCCUGAUGCUGAGGAACUUGGUCAAAGAACCAAGUCGCACACCAAGCUCGAUGUGUCUACUCCUCUCAGAAGUACGGAAAGCGGUAUUGUAGACCAGGUUUUGGUGUCUACAAGCAACGAUGACUUGAAAUUCGUCAAGGUCCGCAUGAGGACCACCAAGAUUCCUCAGAUCGGAGACAAGUUUGCUUCCCGUCACGGACAAAAGGGUACGAUCGGUAUCACCUACCGCCAGGAAGACAUGCCUUUCACUCGGGAUGGCGUGGCCCCCGAUCUGAUUAUCAACCCACACGCCAUUCCAUCUCGUAUGACCAUUGCCCACUUGAUCGAGUGUCAACUCAGUAAGGUGUCGGCGCUGCGUGGAUUCGAAGGUGAUGCGACACCCUUCACCGACGUGACGGUCGAUUCGGUCUCGCGUCUCCUCCGUGAACAUGGAUUCCAGUCACGUGGAUUCGAGGUGAUGUAUAACGGACAUACUGGACGCAAGCUGGUCGCCCAAGUAUUCCUGGGACCAACAUACUACCAGCGAUUGCGACACAUGGUGGACGACAAGAUCCACGCUCGUGCCCGUGGGCCGACCCAGAUUCUGACGCGACAGCCGGUGGAAGGUAGGGCUCGUGAUGGUGGUCUGCGAUUCGGAGAGAUGGAGCGCGACUGUAUGAUUGCGCACGGAGCCAGCUCAUUCCUGAAAGAACGUUUGUUCGACGUUUCCGACCCGUUCCGUGUCCACAUCUGCGAUGACUGUGGACUGAUGACGCCAGUUGCGAAACUGAAGAAGGGAUUGUUCGAGUGUCGGUUGUGUAACAACAAGCACAGGAUCUCGCAGGUACACAUCCCGUAUGCCGCCAAGCUUCUGUUCCAAGAGCUGGCCUCGAUGAACAUUGCCGCCCGCAUGUUUACCGAUCGUUCGGGGGUGUCUGUCCGGUAGAUGCAGAUGUAGAAAAAUGUCUCAUCACGGGCCUUCUUUCUCUUUUUUCUUUUUUAAUAUCUAUUGCCAGCUCAUCUCGGCAGAGAAUAAGAUCGAUUCGGCAUUUUUCCGGCGUACAGCGGAUGCAAGAUUGGUUUCCUUUUUUUUUUCUUGUUUUUUUUCUUCAUUAUUAUCUCAUAUUUUACUAUUAUUACUGUCACAUAGGGAGGAUGAAGCAGUAGUUGCUACGAUGCUUUUGGAGGUUUCUUUUUCAGACCGGAUUGGAAUUGGACGGUUUUUGAUAUCUUGUUGUCUUCCAAAAUAUUUCUUCUUCUGCCUUCUGCGUCUCCUCUCAUCUCCAUCGCAACCC